AUGGCUGCUGCUGACAACAAACGACAAUUGAAGAUCAGAACUGGGGUGGUUAAAAGGUUAAGUAAAGAGUUGGUAAUGUACGAACAGGAAGUGACUGAUGGGGAGGCGAAGCUGGUAGAAAUGAAGGAGGCUAACAAGGAUGAAUACGACAUCAGGAAAUAUACUGAGGUAGUAGCAGAGAGCAAAGCUAUGGUCCCAGAUUGCAGAAACAGACUAAGAAAGGCAGUGCAAGAUCUUGAUAUUCUUUUGGAAGAUAAUACCAGUAUGAGUGGGGAGGCUGAGUACAAAGCAGCUCAGGAGAUGCGAGACACUGUUUCAAUUUAA